CCGCGUUUUAACCGUGCAUUUUCGAUUCUAAACAAGCCUAUGUUUCCCUGUACCAAACUUUAACAAGCCAAACCAAACUGAAUUUUAAAACGCCAAGUCUUCCUUACUCUUCAUUUUCCUUCAAUGGCUUCUUUUCAAUUUCUUCUUUUCUGUUCCUUCAUCAAUUUUCUCUACCUAAUUCAUGCUGAGAUCUCAUUUGCCUCUUUACAGGAUUUAGUACUUCUUCCUGUAAGCAAAGAUCUUGCAACCCUUCAAUACAUGACCCAGAUCUAUCAUGGAACAUCAGGAAUGCCUACCAAGCUUGUAAUUGAUCUUGGAGGUCCGUUUCUCUGGCAUGAUUGUUCCUCAGGCAAAGUUUCAUAUGAGCAUUUAAUUCCAAGUUGCUCAAUCCAGUGCGCCAUGGCAAAAAAGUUUCAUACAGAGCAAAAAAACUGCUUUUCUGAUACAUCUAGGUCUGAAGAACAGUAUCCCUCAACUUGUGAUAUCUCUACGAGAAAUGGAAUCACACGAUCGAGAACAAGAGGGGAGCUUGCAGAAGAUGUCAUAGCCGUCCGAACUGUAGAUGGGACAAAAUCAGGUAAAAUCGUGGAAAUUGAUAAUUUUCUUUUUGCCUGUGCCUCUACUGCUCUUUUAGAUGGCCUAGCCGGUGGUGCUCAAGGUAUGCUAGGCUUAGGAAGGACUCCAAUUGCAUUACCAUCACAGCUUGCUGCAAAAUUUGACUUGGACAAGAAAUUCGCUGCCUGCUUGUCCUCCUCUAAUGGUGUUAUAUUGUUUGGAAAUAGUGGCUCAUUUUUUGGCCCAGAAAUUUUGAAUUCACUUACAUACACACCUCUGCUCACAAAUCCAAGUGGUGAAUCACAAGAAUAUUUGAUCAACGUGAGAUCAAUCAGAAUCAACGGGAAGCGAUUAGCUCUAGGCCAGGGAGGCUUUAAAGGAGGGACAAAAAUAAGCACAACCGUGCCUUACACCACCUUGGAGAGCUCAAUUUACAGCACUUUUAUAAAAGCCUAUACGAAAGCUGCUAAUUCUAUGAACUUGACAAGGGUGGAUCCUGAACCUUCGUCCCCUUUUGGGCUCUGCUUUAGUUCAAAGGGCAUUGCAAACACAAUCAUGGGUCCAAUGGUUCCUGCAAUUGAUCUAGUUUUGCAAAGUGAGAUGGUUAAGUGGAGGAUACAUGGAAGGAAUUCUAUGGUACAAGUGAGUGAUGAGAUGAUGUGCUUGGGGUUGCUGGAUGGUGGGUUGGAGUCGGAGAACUCAAUUGUAAUAGGAGGAUUUCAAUUAGAGGAUACAUUGUUAGAGUUUGAUUUAGGUAAUUCUAUGCUAGGAUUUAGUUUUCCAAUUUUGAUGAGGCAAACAUCUUGUUCUAGCUUCUUGGACUCCAUGGGUAAGGACUCCUUGUAAUUAUUUUCUUUUUCUUUUCUUUUCUUUUCUUUUCUUUUCUUUUUACCCUGUAUAAACUUGGAAAGGGCUAUAUGAUCUAUGAAAUUUUUGUUAAACCGUGAA